AUACACAUAAAUUUGAGCCUAAAUCAGCAAAUUGUUAAAUGAUUAUAAUGAAGAUGCGUUAGCAGCCGCUGUUUGGCUGCGAGGGAGGGCUGGCGCGGAGAGUACACGAGCUGGCUUUAAAAGGCGCGCGCGCGUUCACUAGUAUCCUCAUUUUGUGUCCCGCGCGGUGAGCCAGCAUGCCGCCCUUGCAUCAACUUCUAGUGGCCGGACUAACCCUACUUGUCGUGUCCGGGGGACAGGCAGACCGGGAUCGUAGGGACGUGGGGGCCACACCCGAUAAACGACUCAGGGAGUUCUUUGGUAAGAGAGAUUUAAGUUCAGCGGACUCUGCUGAAGGUUUUGGCCAGGACUAUGGAACAUACGACAAGCGAGUCAGGGAUUUCUUUGGUAAAAGGGAGGACAAACGUUUAAGGGAAUUCUUUGGAAAACGAAGUGAUAACCCGGACAAGAGACUUCGUGAAUUCUUUGGUAAGCGAAGCGAUCCCAGUGCUGAUAAAAGGCUAAGGGAAUUCUUUGGGAAACGGAGUGGCGAUCUAAGUGCUGAUAAGAGACUGAGAGAAUUCUUUGGCAAAAGGAGCGAUCUAAGUGCCGACAAGCGUCUUCGUGAAUUCUUUGGCAAAAGGAGUGACGUAACAGCGGACAAACGAUUACGUGAAUUCUUCGGCAAACGAAACGGACUCGAAGCUGACAAACGUUUGAGAGAGUUCUUUGGCAAAAGGUCUGACCAACCGGUAGAAGAAAAACGUCUUCGUGAAUUCUUUGGUAAACGCAGUGGCCCAGAGGAACAGAAACGGCUCCGAGAGUUCUUUGGCAAACGGGACGGGCACGUUGAUGACAAGCGCCUCAGAGAGUUUUUCGGGAAACGAGAUGGGCCCAUGGAAGAGAAACGACUACGAGAAUUCUUUGGCAAACGGAACGUAAUAGAGGAACAGAAACGUCUUCGGGAGUUCUUCGGCAAACGUUCGGUGAUGCCUUCCCCAGCGGCUGCAAAGAGGAAACGAGACGUCAGGAAGAGGGUGCGUGAGUUCAUAGGGAAACGAAGCCUUCUCAGCUUUGACGACAGCAUCGACAACGGCUACAACAAACGCGUACGUGAAUUCAUAGGCUAGGCGCCUAGCCAGAGCCUGUGAAAGGCGGACUGGACGAGAGACUACUGGUGACGUGAGGGGUUCAAGGUAAACGGCCAUGACAAACAGACUGUUGAAAGAAAGGAGCCAAGGGUGGUCCCGAUGGAUAACUAUAAGCAAAUACAAUUCCCAACCUGCUAGGAAUGUUUACUUUCUAUAGAGAUGAUUAUUGACUAUUGAGGAUCUAUGUGAACAGUUCUAUUUCACUGAGGUACUGUGUGCUUGUGUGAUGUGAGCGUUGCAAUCUAUCAACUUCGUAAACUUUGGAUUCUCAAUUGACAUGUCAUUUAUGUAUAGCGAAUAUGUAUAAAAGUAAGCAUAUCAAUAAGAGAAUAUUCAUUGUAAGCUAUAUGAUUAUGUUACAUAAGAUACUGUUAACAGAAUAACGUAAUAGUGUAUGAGUAAUUCGUUGUCUGACUGACUCUAUACUUUCUUGACUGUUUUAAUGCAAUAUUAAACGAAUCUUUGCUGAUAUUUAAUAAAUUCUAUUUUUAUGAUA